CCGGUGCUGACUUUGCUUUUCUCCGCAGGCUGCCCAUCCCCAAACUGGAAGACACUCUCAGGAGAUACCUCCUGGCGCAGAAGCCGCUCCUGGAUGAUGGCCAGUUCAGGAAAACAGAACAGAUUUGCAGGCAUUUUGAAUGUGGGAGUGGAAAAGAACUGCAUGAGCAGCUGGUUGCCCAAGACAAGAAGAAUAAACACACAAGCUACAUCUCAGGGCCCUGGUUUGACAUGUACUUAGCUAGUCGAGAUUCCAUUGUCCUGAACUUCAAUCCAUUCAUGGCGUUCAACCCCGACCCCAAGCCCGAGUACAACGACCAGCUCACGCGGGCGACCAACUUGACGGUGUCUGCCGUCCGCUUUCUGAAGACGCUGCGGGCCAGCCUGCUGGAGCCGGAAGUGUUCCACCUGAACCCUGCCAAAAGUGACACGAAGACCUUCCGGAGACUGAUACGCUUUGUGCCUUCCUUUCUGGCCUGGUACGGGGCCUACCUGGUCAGCGCCUAUCCCCUGGACAUGUCUCAGUACUUCCGGCUCUUCAAUUCCACCCGCAUACCCAAACCCGGCCGGGAUGAGCUCUUCACCGACGGGCAGGCCAGGCACCUGCUGGUCCUCCGGAAGGGGCAUUUCUAUGUCUUCGACGUCCUGGACCGCGAUGGGAACAUCGUGGCCGCCUCGGAGAUCAAGGCUCACCUGAAGGCCAUCCUGGCCGACCGCAGCCCUGCCCCCGAGUACCCUCUGGCCUACCUGACCAGCGAGAACCGCGACGUCUGGGCCGAGCUCCGGCGGCAGCUGGUGAGCGAGGGCAACGGCGAGGCCCUGCGCAAGGUGGACUCGGCCGUGUUCUGCCUCUGCCUGGACGACUUCCCCAUCCAGGACCGCGUCCACCUGUCCCACACCAUGCUGCACGGCGACGGCGCCAGCCGCUGGUUCGACAAGUCCUUCAACCUUGUCCUGGCCCAGGACGGCUGUGCCGCCGUGCACUUCGAGCACUCGUGGGGCGACGGCGUCGCCAUGCUGCGGUUCUUGAACGAAGUCUUCAAGGACAGCACGCAGCACCCGGCCGUCUCGCCGCAGAGCCCGCCGGCGGCCGCCGCGGACCCCGCUGCUGUGCAGAAGCUCCGCUUCCAGCUCAGCGACGCCCUGAAGGCUGCCGUCUCCAAGGCCAAGAGGAAGUUUGACGAGACCACGGGCAGCCUCACCGUGGCAUGCGCCCAGUUCGAUAGAGGCGGGAAGGAGUUCCUGAAGCGGCAGCACCUGAGCCCUGACGCGGUGGCCCAGCUGGCCUUCCAGAUGGCCUUCCUGCGGCAGUACGGGCAGACCGUGGCCACCUACGAGUCCUGCAGCACGGCCGCCUUCAAGCACGGCCGCACCGAGACCGUCCGCCCGGCCUCGGUCUUCACCAAGCGGUGCUCGGAGGCCUUCGUCUGGGAGCCCUCCCGACACAGCGCCGCGGAGCUGCAGCAGCUGAUGGCCAAAUGCUCCAAGCACCACAGCCAACUGACCAAAGAAGCAGCCAUGGGCCAGGGCUUUGAUCGACACUUAUUCGCCCUGCGGAACCUGGCAGCAUCCAGAGGGGUCCCGCUGCCCGAACUCUACCUGGACCCUGCGUACGGGGUGAUGAACCACAACAUCCUGUCCACCAGCACGCUCUCCAGCCCAGCAGUGAACAUGGGUGGCUUUGGCCCAGUGGUCCCGGACGGCUUUGGCAUCGCAUACUCGGUUCACGACACCUGGGUCGGCUGCUGCAUCUCCUCCUACCCAGGCCGGAACCCCCGGGAGUUCCUCCGCUGCUUGGGGAAGUCCCUGCACGACAUGUUUGAUGCCUUAGAAGGCAAACCCAUCAAAACUGCAUCUGGGUAGGUGGGACGGGCUGGCCACCACCUUCGGAGAAGCAGGGCCUGAGUAGGCAGUGGGUGCUAUUCUGUGACGAGUGAGGUCCCUGAGCAGACCGUCCUGCAAGCCUGGGCUUCCAAAGGACGGUUUUAACCCUAAACUGCAACUUCUGAGUGGAACUACACCACAACUAAUGAUCGCAGUUGUGAAGGAGGUGGCACAACAGCUAACAACUCAGGUGUAUUUAUUUUGUAAGCAGAAAUAAAAGUUAAUUAUGGUUUCA